AAGACGUCACGCGUCGCUCCGCGGUUACAAGCAAGAUGGCCGCAUAGUGUGCGAACAGUUGUCUGCAGGAAGAAGUGGAUUGUUUGGGUCACGACAGGCUCUUAAACCGUGAUUGGACGCUUCAGCCCGAGCCGCUGACCUUCUCCCCCAGAUCCUCUGGUAGAUGCUCGCUGAUCAGUGACGCGAUGAAGUCCGACGCGGAGGAGCUGAUGCCCAGGCUGCUGCCCGUGGAGUGCAGAGCCAGUGCAGAGGAGCUGGACCUGAAAGGACCUCCACGAAACCCACAGGAAUAUCUGCGACAAGUCCAGUUGGAGGCGUCAUUAUGUCCAGAGGUGGUGGUUGCUCAGAUCGACCCCAAGAAACUGAAGAAGAAACAAACAGUGAAUGCUUCUGUGGCAGGUUGCCAUGCUGCUCCCAUGGGUUUCUGCCCCAGUCUCGGUUGGCAGCGGCAGCAGGUCGGUCACUUCUCGGAUGUCAGACAGAGCAUCACAAGGAACAGGAAUCACUGGAGCAGCCAGUCUCUGGAUGACAAUGUGCUGAUGCCAAAGCUAACAGAUGAGGAGGGCUGGAAGAGGUUUUGUUUAGGGGAGGUCGUCUAUCUGGGAACGUCAUCCUGUGACACAGGUGCAGAGCCAGCACUGGACUACAGCAAGGUCGGCUUCCCUCCCUUCCUGAGCAUCGUCAGCAGACUCAACCAGUCCACAGUGUUGAUGGUGUUAGAAACUCUCAUCAGUUGGUUUGAGGAGAGAGAGUUUGGUCCACAGUUGGGUCGCUGGUUGUAUGGUUUGUUGUCCUGCCUGGAGAAGCCUUUACUGCCUGAAGCCCACUCCUGCAUCAGACAACUGGCCAGGAGAUGUGCUCAGCUCCGCAGCACGCUGGAGAGUCAGGACGAUGAGAAACUACCUGCCCUCAACCUGCUCAUCUGUCUUGUUGCCAGAUAUUUUGAGCAGAAUGACCUGGCAGAUCAGCCGCAGUGAACACACGGUCGAGCUGUUUGAUAUCAACAGGACAUUAAGAAGAAGGAGAUGUGAGCUAACUGAUGCAGCAGAUUCUACAGUCCAGCAACAAGACAAGAAUAAACACAUCCACAUGGAACUGUUAUGUUUCUACACAGUUUCAGAUAAAGUUGAGGGUGAACCCAUGGUCCCCAGUCAAGAACACAAAUGUUGUUUGUUGAAUUAUGGUAUUGACUCUGCUGGUACAACUUAAGCAGCAGCAUCACUUUUGUUUUAAUCAGGAAAAGUCUGUUUUUCUUAGUGAAUUUAUCCCUGAUGUUUUUAUGGUUUCUGUUUUAAAGUUUCCUAAUAAAUGUAAGAUUUUUCUAUUAAA